AAAACGGCAGCAACGUGUACCAUAGCUCAUAGCUGCCUGUCACGGAUAAGCCUCCAGAAGUUUGCUGAAAAGCUAUUUGGACAAUAAAAGCAGGACUGGAAAGUCCUGACUAAUAACAGAGGAUCUGACAAACUGAAAGUCUCUGCCCAGGCAAGGAAACAGCCUCAUUUCAACGUUUACAUGCGCUUAAUUUUAGUGCUCUUGAGGACUUGGAGAGGAACAGGACUUCGUACAAUCAAGUGUUACUGGACAAGUAGCUUAAAUAUUUCCUGAGCGCCUUCUUCGGGGCCCCUUCGGGGUUCCAGAGAAGCAGCUUCUCCUGUGUCUGCACUACGACGUUGCGGCCCUGCCAGACGUUGCCCACCGACACAAGGCGGCGGGGCCACGGCUUCCCCUGCAGCAGGUGCGGCGGCGGGGGCGGGGAGACCGCUCCGGAAGUCGCCCUGCCCGCUCGCCCUGAGCGUCCGGUUGCCCGGGAGACGCCGCGGCCGUCCGCUCCGCCGUCGCCGUGCGGGUGGCUGCCUGCGCACAGCGACCCCCGCCGGGUUGGGGCCGCUCGGGGCUGCGCGAGAUUACGUCGCCGCCGUCCGGGUCCGCGCCGUAAGUGGAGGCGCUAGCGGUGCAACAUUGUGCUGCAAGGCAAUCAAUACAGUACCUUAAGUCACUUCAACCAUAAUGGAAAAGUAUGAAAAAUUAGCUAAGAUUGGAGAGGGGUCCUAUGGGGUUGUAUUCAAAUGCAAAAACAAAACCUCUGGACAAGUGGUAGCUAUUAAAAAAUUUGUGGAAUCUGAAGAUGAUCCUGUUGUUAAGAAAAUAGCACUAAGAGAAAUACGUAUGUUGAAGCAAUUAAAGCACCCAAACCUUGUGAACCUCAUUGAGGUGUUCAGGAGAAAAAGGAAAAUGCAUUUAGUUUUUGAAUACUGUGAUCACACACUUUUAAAUGAGCUGGAAAGAAACCCCAAAGGAGUUGCUGAUGGAAUGAUCAAAAGUAUAUUAUGGCAAACACUUCAAGCUCUUAAUUUCUGUCACAAACAUAACUGUAUUCACAGAGAUGUAAAACCUGAAAAUAUUCUAAUAACUAAGCAAGGAAUAAUCAAGAUCUGUGACUUUGGGUUUGCACGAAUUCUCAUUCCAGGAGAUGCCUACACUGAUUACGUCGCUACCAGAUGGUACCGAGCUCCUGAACUUCUUGUGGGAGACACGCAGUAUGGCUCUUCAGUAGACAUAUGGGCUACGGGUUGCGUUUUUGCAGAGCUUCUGACAGGCCAGCCACUGUGGCCCGGAAGAUCAGAUGUGGACCAGCUGUAUCUGAUCAUCAGAACACUGGGAAAACUAAUCCCAAGACAUCAAUCUAUCUUCAAAAGUAACCAGUUUUUCCAUGGCAUCAGUAUUCCUGAACCGGGAGACAUGGAAACUCUUGAAGAAAAGUUUUCAGAAGCUCAUCCCAUGUCUUUGAAUUUCAUGAAGGAGUGUCUGAAGAUGAAUCCUGAUGACAGAUUAACCUGUGCCCAACUCCUGGAGAGCCCCUACUUUGAUUCUUUUCGAGAGGACCAAAUUAAAAGAAAAGCACGCAAUGAAGGAAGGAACAGAAGACGUCAGCAGAAUCAACUGUUGCCUCUCAUACCAGGAAUCCACAUCUCCCCCACACCUGAUGGAAGAAAACAAGUCCUCCAGUUAAAAUUUGAUCAUCUUCCAAACAUUUAGGAAAAUGUUCUUUCAAGUGGAAAGUAAUUUAAUAUGUACACAUUUCCGUGCAAGAGAGAUAGGAAUUCUUAGUGUUUCAAAUGCAAAUGAGCCAUAUGAAAAUUAAGAUGCCUUCUAGAAUUGUUUUGCUCUGAUCAUUACUGAUUCCUCUGCCCGUGCUUUUUACAUGCCAACUUUAUCUUCUAGAACAUUUUCUUUAAAUGUUAUGGAGUCUGAAACUGCACAUAUGGAGGAGACAUUUUCAAUUUCAUCAGAGCAGCCCCUCCUGAGGCAAUUUAUGUUGAGAAUUUGUGGGCUUGUACUUUGAUUCUUGAAAGAGAUUUACAUAUAUCGUUUUGGUUUACCUGACCACAUAAUGUCUUAGAGCAUUAUCCAAAUAGCUUGCCUAGCUGUUGUUUGUGCAGGGAAUGAUAUCAUGUUUCUUUCUUUUUUUUUUUUCUUUCAAUUUCAAAAACUAACUUUAAUGAGGUAUGUUUUACAUAUAAUAAACGUACUUAUUUUAAGUGCAGAACUUUUUCCUGGAUUUCAGCAAAUGUAUACACAUGCACAGCCUGACCAAAGGAAGAUAUAAAACAUGGUCAUCAAGCUUAAAAUGUUCUCCACAGCCUUUUGUAGUAAAUCUUCCCAAGAUCACUGGCCCCAGACAGCCAUGGAUCUGCUUUUUCUGUCACUAGUGAUUAGUUUUUCCUAUUUGGGGAUUUGAAAUCAAGGGAAUCAUAGAACCUAUAUUCUUUUGCACCUGACAACUUGUACUCAGCAUGAUGCUUCUGAGAAAGGAAUGACAUUAUGUUUCUGCAUUUAAUCACUCUUGUUGUAACCAGGACUUUUGAAUAAUGCUGGAUUUUAUAUUGGUGCAGAAAGGGAGCCUGAAAUGUUGUGUAGUUUAUCCCUUGUUUCCAGGGCAGAUUCCAGAGCUACAAGGAAUUAUCAUGCUCAUCACAUAAUGCUGUCCUUUGGUACAUUAUUGUUUCUUACUCUUUUCUCCUGGCUCAGUCAUCUCAGUACCUAGACCUAUCCGGUGGGUGUGUUUCCUAAAUAGUUCCCUGUCGAUACUUUUCCAAACAUUUGCAUCCAAAGCCUCUGUGAAUUUGUGCAGCCCUAAACUUGUGUAGCAUGCCAGAUCAGGUUUGUAAAUGCUUCCGACAGCAGAAAGAUUAUCUUUUCAGUUAACUUCAUUUUGUGUCUGCUACCAAAAAAGAGAAGCAAACAAGAUACCUCACUAGGCGAGCCCAAUUUACAUUGGGAUAUUUUCCCAAGUGAACUGGACAGAUAUUCCUACAUACAUACAUAUAUAAAUGUAUACACACAUAUAUAUACUUAUAUAUAUAUAUAUAUAUAUAUAUAUAUAUAUAUAUACAUAUAUAUGUACAUGUGUGUAUACACACAUAACACAUAUAUAUUUAUAAGUUUUGAAACAUCAUGGUAGUUGCCUUUUAUCCUAGAUAUCUAAGAACAAUGCCGUCUGUGUAACGGACUUUUAGUUUGCUAACAAGGAACUCAUGUAAAAUAAUAGCAUGGGGUUGUCUAUCACUGUCUGGCAUAAAGGCACAAAAUAGUCAAUAAAUUAUUAAGGUUAUUAGCUCUUUUCUGCUCCUGGGUCUGGAAUGCUGACCUGAACGUUGUCAAAUUGUGCAAAUACACAUGAUUCCAAAAAUGCCUUGUGUCAGGAACCAAAAUAUCGAGCAUAAAUUGUUUUUAGGAAAACACACUAACAUCUGAUGUUCAUCCUCUAAAAGUUUAUUGCAUUUAUAAACAUGGCUAUGUAAACUUCUAGAGAAGCCUGUUGCGUUACUUGGGAGCAUCUCUUUACUUGGGAAUUAUGGCAUCUCAACAAUGGUUUCUUGGUCACCGGAAGAACAUUUUAAGUGGACUUAUUUGGCCAUUUAACAUGCUUAGUGUGAAUAUAAGCUGCUACGGUCUUCUUAUUGUCAUCUUAUCAUUAAGAAGGCACCUCUUCACAUUUGUAAGUUUCUUGCAUUUUUAAUUAGAUGAUGAUACCACAGGCACAAGGAAUUUGAGAAAUAAAAGAUAGAAGGCAUCUUCGAUGAAAGAUUUCUUUUUUAAUUUUCAUAGUGUUUUUAUCAAGUAAGCCUUCUUACUGCCAAGCCACUCAUGCUGCUCCAGCUCUCCUAAAUAUCUAGAUUCUCUCUCUCUCUCUCUCUCUCUCUCUCUCUCUCUCUCUCACACACACACACACACACACACACACACACACACACAGAAGUUCAGAAUACACACAACUCCAAUACCCAUUUUGCUUAUAAUCAUGCUUCAGACAACAGUGGAGAGUUUGGUAUGGGUUGAUAGGGUGACUGCUUUUCUUAUUUUUGCUUACAUUUAAGAAUUAACAAAACUGGCAUUUCUCUCUCUCAGCUUUUUUCCUUAGACAAAUCCAUCAUCUAGAGAUCACUGGGGAGGGGAGGGGAGGGGAGAGAAGAGGAGAGGAGAGGAGGAAGCACCUAAUGCUUGGGAAAAUGUUCUUUCACUACCAGGGAAAACACUCUUCUGAUGACUUUUGCACCCCGCACUUUCCCUGGGCAUCCCGGGGCCACGUAGCCCUGUCGCCGGCUCAGUCACGCAGGCACACGGACCUCAACCUGCAAGUCGUUCUGUCUCAAGGCCGGUUUCUCAGCCCUUGCAUUUCUCAGCCACACGUAAGACAGUGGCACCUGAGGGUCUCGUGCCCAAAUUAAGUAGUGGGUUUUGUACAACUUAAUCAGGCUCUUCACAGAGGCCCACACAACUCUGUAACCAGGCGUUUUCUUUCCAUCCAUGUCCAGUUUCUGGCUUACCUGCCGCUUCUGUCACCGCGGCACUGGUCAGGCUUUUUAAUUUACGGAUAUAGCUCUUUCCUGGUGCCAUCCAGGUACCGCGGGGUCGUGGUGAGUGAUGCCGCCCGAGUACUCUCCUUUCCUCCACCUCGGCAUGACCCGUUCACACCCCGGGUUUCCUCCACUUUGUACCUGAGAAUCUCCAAGCAGCCAAGCAGCUCUUUUGUAUUGUGUUUUGUUUUGUUUUGUUUUGUUUUGUUUUGUUUUGCCUUGUUCUGUUUUGUUUGAAGAGCACUUUACAGAGAACUAAAAAUGCAGACUGUACUCCUUUGUGCUCUCGCUUCUUCUUCAGGGAAGAAAGAAAUACACCAUAGAAAAGGACACCUCAUAGACCUUUAUCAGCCCUGUAAGGCUACCUUUGGUCUCCAUUUCAGUCCUGGUGAUAUCUGAAUGCACUUGUUCCAACUUGCCCCAACCACAAAGCCCUUUUUUGGGGGGGGAGGGGGAGGGUCACUUUUUGAAGAUUAUUUUAACUAGACUGAAAUUAUUAAAGAGUUGUAUUUGAGGGACCCCUGGGUGGGUAAGUUGAUUAAGCAUCUGACUUCAGCUCGGUCAUGAUCUCCCAGUUCAUGGGCUUGAGCCCCGCGUCGGGCUCUGUGCUAACAGCUCUGAGCCUGGAGCCUGCUUCGGAUUCUGUGUCUCCGUCUCUAUCUGCCCCUCCCCUGCUCAUUCUCUGUCUCUGUCUCUGUCUCUCUCUCUCAAAAAUAAAUAAACAUUUAAAAAAAAUUUUUUAAGUUGUAUUUGAGAGGCUUUUGAAUGCUUUGGAUUAGGGAAAUAAUUGAGUAAGGAGUAAAAACAAAGCUCUAGGGUAGGAAAGACAGAAGUGAGCAGGAAUAGAUGUUCCCUCUUUUAAGUGAGCCAUAUUACUCUUCUUCAUUGAUCUUGCAGAUCUCCCAGACUAUAAGACUAAGAAAAUUUAUAAGUUAUUUUGAAAAAAUUCUCAACCCUGAAGAUGUUUUUACGGUUCUUCAGCUGCCUUGCCAUAGGAAUACUGUUUUUAAAAGAAGAUGGCACUUUCUUUUCUUUUCUUUUUAAAAAAUUUUUUAAUAUUUAUUUUUGAGAGAGAGAGCAUGAGUGGGGGGAGAGCAGAGAGAGAGGGAGACACAGAAUCUGAAGCAGGCUCCAGGCUCCGAGCUGUCAGCACAGAGCUCAACGCGGGGCUCAAACCCACCAACCGUGAGAUCGUGACCUGAGCCAAAGUUGGAUGCUUAACCAGCUGAGCCACCCAGGCACCCCAAGAUGGCACUUUCUUAAUCAUUUGUCACCACUAAUGAUUUCCAAUCCUGGGUUUGGAACAGCUUGAAUGGCACAGAAUUCUGAAAAACAACCAAAGAAAACAACAGCAGCAACAACAACAAAAAAAAAAACCUAGCUUUUUUGGUUAAUUAAAACAUACUACCAGAAGAAGAAUGAUCCUAAAAUUCCACAAACCUUAAAAUCUUGAAAACAUUAGGAAGUCAGUAUAAGGUAUUAGCUGAAUUGCAGAUUCAGAGUUGUAAUGCAUAUAUAUGCAUUAUAUACAAAUAUACAGACUUGUGAUGCAUAUGGUUAUACAGAUUUGUGAUGCACAUAACCAAGACAGAAGGACAAAAUGCCACUCACAUGAUAAGGUAAUGUGCUGGGUUUGUGUGUGUUCGUUUUCCGUUAAAACCAUGAAUUCAGCAACUUCAUUCUUAUUUUAGUAAAAGACAGUCUUUGAGAGUGGUAGGUUUAAAGCCUAAUAUAUCAUUUGGUCUGGGAGUUAGGACACCAGGUUCUUGGCCUGGCUUGCAAAUCUCUGUGUAGCUUCUUCACAACAUGUGACUUUUCUGUGCCUUCAUUUUCUCAUUUGUAAAUAAGGGAAGAGAUAAACUAGCUGAUUUCUAGGGCUCCUGUGAUUUUCAAUAGCACAUAUGUUUCUGUCCUGGACAUCUCUCCCACUAGAAGAGGCUUUGUAGAGAUUGUUUCUCAUUAAUAAUACUGAGAUAAAAUUUGGAGUUUUUAAAAAAUAUUUGUUUUUGGAGGGGAGAGUGCAAUGGAGGAGGGGUAAAGAGAGGGGGGCAGGAUCUGAAGCGGGCUCUGUGCUGACAGGCUGACAGCAGAGAUCCUGAUGUGGGGCUUGAACCCACGAACUGUGAGAUCAUGACCUGAGCCAAAGUCAGAUGCCCAAAUGACUGAGCCACCCAGGUGCCCCUAAAUUUGGGGUCUUUUGAUCUAACCAGGAGCUAAGAGAUCUCUCCCUGUUUCUCCCUCUCUCCUUCCCCCUCUCUCAUCUCUCCCUCGCUUGCUUGCUUUCACACUCACACAAACACACACCCACCACCACUCCCUGCUAGUUCUGCCGAGUCAAUAGUAGUUUGCAGACAAUCAUCUAACAGAGGUUACAUCUUAUAAACUGAAGUGGGCUUUAAAGCUAAUUAUCGCUAAAUUUUAGUUAAUGUAAAUAAAACAGGUGUGCUUUGAAAAUACAGAGUAAUAGGUAAUCAUUCUUUGAUUUUUUUUAUUUUUUUAUUUUUUUUUCAUUCUUUGAUGUUUUCAUCUAACUCCAGUUGGCUUGAAUAUGACACCUAUGCUAUGAAAUAUUAAUUUAAGAUACCCAUUAAGGAAAGAACUCUUAGGGCAUUUCUAACUUCAGCAAAACUAACUUACUAAAACUUUUAGUAACUUUCAGUAGGUGAAAACUUAAAGGAAUUCUGCAAAUAUAUAUAAAUUAUAACCAUGUUGUAUUUGAGCAGCACAGACUCAGGUUCGGGCUACUUUGUAUUUAACCUGCAAUUUACUCAAGCUGAAAAUCGGUUACCCUACUUAACAGGAGUAUAAACACCUUGCAUUUAUAAAGUUAAAAUUUGUCUUUCUGUUGUGAACACUAGUCACUGACCAUAUCUGUCAAUAUUGUCACAUUGAAGAUGUUGUGUCUACUUAUGAUUUUAGAACAUAUUAGUACGGAAGCAGAUCUAUUUCAAAUCGCAUGAAAUUGUAGCCAUAUAUUCAUCAGCAUGUGAUAAUUUGCAUAAUGGCAACUUAUGCUACCAGAAGCAAUUCACUACAAACUUUUAGUUGUAGCAUGUUAAAUAUACAUAAUACUUUUAAAAUUUAGCUUAAGGUACUUACAGAACCUAAAUACGGGCUUAAAUACUUUGGUGACCUUAUAUUUGUAUAUAUAACUUAACCUGAAUACGUUCUCUAGCUUAUUUUAAUAAAAGUUAGAAAUAUU